AUGUGGAGUAACGUGGAUGAAAGUUGUAUCACUGGUAGUAGUGCUAUUGGUGAUGAAAAUGAUGACGAUAAUGAUGAUAAUAAUAAUGGUAUAUUAUGGAAUCGUAUCGUUGACCUCGAACAUCAAGUUCAAUCGCAAGUGGAAGAACUUAUGUGUUUGCGUUCCACAGCAGCUGAAACAUUACGUCGUUUGAAUGGUUUGGAGCAAUCACUGCUAAUCUCCACGGCUAAUAUCACAACAACUACAACAACGACAACGACUGCUAGCGCAAUUUCAAGUCCUUCGAUGCUAACAGCCAAAGCUACAUCAUCACAAAUAUUACGAUUGAUCCCAAGUUCAGAUAACAGUAAAUCAUCACAAAAUCGUCUCAUUUCACGUUCAGUGCAUAAUUUGCAUUCGUUAACAUCAAAGAAUCGACAAAGUAAUGCACAGCCACAGUGCUCAGUCGAUGAAAAUGGCAAUCAAACGGUACAAAAUGGAAUUACUUUACGCAAUGGCGGAAAUUCUUCUGUGCAAACAGCUGCGAAAGCAGGACGUUAUGUACGUCGAAAUGAUGAGCAAUUUGUUGUACAAAAUCAAAAAACAAAUAUUAAUAAAACGACAACGACAACAAUACGAAUGAAGAAAUGGCUGAGCAGCGCUGAUGUGAAGUGUAAUAGAGAAGGGCGACGUAAUUCACGCGAUCAUCUAAUGAAGAAUAGUAAAGCUGGGACAUCACGCGAUCAUCUAAUGAAGAAUAGUAAAGCUGGGACAUCAGUUAAUUUAUCAUAUUAUAAAUCAACAAGUAAACUUGGACCGACAAGUAAUUUAAGUAUUUCACAGCAUUCGUUACCACGUUUCGGAUUAGAACUGCGAGAACCAUCAUUUCUGAGUGAGAAAGGUGUACUACAGGUAUUUGUGAACGGCAAAACGAUGCAUCUUCCAGUACCCAAUUCAAUAACCGAUCUUGAUCUUACAUAUGAACUUGAUGCUCCUACAUGUGAACCGACACUUAAUUGGGUUUACGGUUAUCGCGGUAAAGAUUGUCGUGGGAAUCUUCAUGAAUUACCAACCGGUGAAAUUGUUUAUUUCACGGGUACAAUUGCUGUACUGCAUAAUCCUAACGAAAGAUCGCAACGAUACUAUACCAAACAUACUAGUGAUAUCAAAUGCAUGGCUCUUCAUCCAAAUAAGCUACACAUAGCUACCGGUCAAACAUCGAGGCGUUUUCUGGAAAAAAGUGGUUUCAAUAUUCAUCGCUUACCGAUAUCGUCAAUUACGGAAUUGAACAACAUUUUAGAAACUGACCAAUAUAAGGCCCAUAUACAUAUUUGGGAUUCCGUAACGCUUCAAACGUUACGUACAAUUGGAACAGGUGAUGCAAGUGCUAAUUUUGACCGAGGUAUUCAAUGUUGCGCAUUUAGUCAUGCCACAACGGAUGGCAUGCAACUUGCAGUUAUUGAUGAUUCUUACGAACAUAUACUUAGUAUUUGGGAGUGGCAAAAGGGGAAAAAGAUUGCAGAAAUUAAGAGUGCUAAUGACCAAGUGUUUGCAUGUGAAUUCCAUCCAUAUUCCAAAAAUGUCCUUAUGUCAUACGGCAAGGGUCAUUGCAAUGUUUGGGUCAUCAAUGGAGCAACACUUAUUAAAAAACCUAUUACAUUCGAGGGUCGUAAUAAACCAAAGCUAGUGCUUUCUUCACAUUUCACCGAACGUGGGCACAUCAUAACAGGUGAUUCCAAUGGCACACUAACAAUUUGGGAUACAUAUCAGGUUAAACCGAUUCAACAAGUACCAAAGGCUCAUAAUGGCGGAGUUUGGGCAUUAUGCUUACUUGGUAACGGCCAUUUCAUUUCGGCUGGUAAAGAUCGAAUAUUAUUUGAAUGGGAAACCGAUGGUUUGACAAAGAUUCGUGGCCCAAUAAUUUUUCCGGAUGAAGGAAAUGGUUGUAUACGUACUAUAGCAUCAACUUCAAGUUCUCGUUUAUUCAUUGGUACAACAUGGAAUACAAUUUGGAGUGGUACCUUGGAUAAUGGUUUUCAACAAAUUCAGGAGGCACAUGCCGAUGCUAUAACACAGAUUACCUCGCAUCCAACAAAAUCACAGUUCCUCUGUUCCUCAACUGAUAAAAAGUUACGAUUGUACGAUACAGAAACGAAAACGGUUCUUUGGAGUCUGCAUGUUAAGGAUAAAAUAUGUUGCGCUGAUUUUCACCCAGAAGGUGAUACUUUUGCCAUUGGUUUUGCUAGCGGAACGUGGGCCGUGUAUAUUUACACUCACCGAACGCAACUUUAUGCCUUUGAAGAGGAAAUAAACAAUGCUAUUACAACCAUGCGAUUUUCAACAACUGGCAAUUUUUUGGCUGUUGCAACCAAAGGAAAGAAGUUGUCAAUUUACGCUAUAUCGGGUGAUUUUCGUCACUAUGUUAAAGUAUCGCAGAUUACAGAAAUGAAUGCUUCGAUAAAAGCGAUGGACUGGUCAACAGAUGGUACGUUGCUGCGAGCUAAUGAUGAUGAUCUCCAACACUAUAUCUGGAAUUCAAGCACUGGUCGACCGGCCAGUAUACAGGAGGCCAGCAAUGUGGAAUGGGCUUCAGCCAGAUGCCCAGUUUCAUUUGAAAAUGCUUGCAUUUUAUAUGCUUUAAUGAAAUCUGUUGCUGCUAUUGAUCGUAGUCCGGAUAAACGGUAUGUCGCAGUAGCCUUAUCAAAUGGUAUGCUCCGCUUCUAUCAGUAUCCAACAACAACGAUUCUGGCUUCAUAUAAGGAAGCAUAUGGUUAUAGUGUCUCUGCACGAAAUGUUACCUUCGUUGGAGAAUUACUGAUUAGUGAUGGUAGCAGUGAUGGAACACUUUAUCAGUGGAAAUUAUCCAAGAAGACUGAAAUAUGA